GCGAGCUCGGUGAAGAUCUCAGAGCUCCGUCUGCUUUGCCGACGCAGCUGGCAUCGGGGCUGUCUCCGGAAGGCGAACCGGCGAACGCCCAGUGCCCGUAUUCGACCGUCUGCUCCCUGCCUGCCGAGCCUGUCUGCGCCCGUGACAUCCUUACUCGGGACGCAGUGACCCUUUUUAAAUCACAAGGGCGUGGGUCAGCCUCCCCUAGGACUUCAUGUCUGUAUAUUUCCCUAUUCACUGCCCUGACUAUCUGAGAUCGGCCGAGAUGACUGAGGUGAUGAUGAGCACCCCAUCCAUGGAGGAGAUUGGCCUCAGCCCCCGAAAGGAUGGCCUUUCCUAUCAGAUCUUCCCCGACCCGUCAGACUUCGACCGCUGCUGCAAACUGAAGGACCGCCUGCCUUCCAUAGUGGUGGAGCCCACGGAGGGGGAGGUGGAGAGUGGGGAGCUGCGGUGGCCCCCCGAAGAGUUCUUGGUCCAGGAGGAUGAGCAGGACAACUGUGAAGAGACAGCGAAAGAAGACAAGGAGCAGUAGAGUCCCCAUCGACUCCCACCGGGUCACACCAGACAGCAUCUGUACCUGAACUUGUGUUCUUUCCUAUUGUGAUGGAAGAAGAGAGUGAGCCACGGUCGUUCUGAAAUGCCAGAUGAUGGCUUCCGUUUUGCACCUGCGAAUCACUGAGUGGGUCUUCUUUCCUUUCCUUUUCUUUUUUUGAACUGUGUCGAGCAGUGGAGCCCUCUGCGACGCUCUGCAAGGCCUUCUG